AUGAAAAGUGAGAGAGAAGUCAAGAAUGGUGAUUCUCAGGUAGAGAGAGAGGCGAAGCGGAAGAGAGUGACGGAACGGUCUGCUUCGCCACCUCCACCACUGGGUUUCAGUAACCCUCUGUUGCCGCUGGCGAAUGCAGACGAUGACGAUGAUGAGGUAGUGGAAGACGAAAAGAGAAAAUCGCAAGCUCUUGGCAGUGGAGAGCAGGGAAAUGGAGCUGCGAAAGGGGAGGGAAAUGGGAACAAAGAAGGUCAAGAGAAGGUCGAUGACGACGAAGAUGAUGAAGAAGAUGAGGCCUCGAAGGGUCGUGGAAAACAUUUACGCAAUGUUGAAGUUCGUCGUGAUUGCCCUUAUCUUGAUACCGUUAAUCGUCAGGUCUUGGAUUUCGAUUUCGAGAGGUUUUGCUCUGUGUCAUUGUCGAAUUUGAAUGUGUAUGCGUGUCUUGUUUGCGGGAAGUACUUCCAAGGAAGGAGCCAGAAGUCUCAUGCUUAUACACAUAGCUUGGAAGCAGGACACCACGUUUACAUCAAUCUUUUGACUGAGAAAGUGUAUUGUCUUCCUGAUAGCUACGAGAUCAAUGACCCUUCUUUGGAUGACAUUCGACAUGUCUUAAACCCAAGGUUUAGUAGGGCACAAGUUGAAGAGCUUGACAAGAAUAGGCAGUGGUCUAGGGCUCUUGAUGGCUCUGACUAUCUUCCAGGAAUGGUGGGGUUGAACAACAUUCAAAAGACAGAGUUUGUGAAUGUUACAAUCCAAUCGUUGAUGAGAGUUACUCCCUUAAGGAACUUUUUCCUUAUUCCCGAGAACUAUCAGCAUUGCAAGUCUCCUCUUGUUCACCGAUUUGGGGAACUCACCCGAAAGAUUUGGCAUGCUCGAAACUUUAAAGGACAGGUGAGUCCACAUGAAUUCUUGCAAGCUGUUAUGAAAGCUAGCAAGAAACGAUUCAGGAUAGGUCAACAGUCAGAUCCAGUGGAGUUUAUAUCGUGGCUCCUCAACACUUUGCACAUGGAUCUUAGAACUUCAAAGGACGCCAGCAGUAUCAUCCACCAGUGCUUCCAGGGUGAGUUGGAGGUUGUGCGAGAGUAUCAAGGCAAUGAAAACAAAGAAAUCUCCAGGAUGCCUUUUCUGAUGCUUGGGCUGGAUUUGCCUCCGCCUCCUCUUUUCAAAGACGUCAUGGAGAAAAACAUAAUUCCGCAGGUUGCUCUAUUUGAUUUAUUGAAGAAGUUUGAUGGAGAAACUGUGACAGAGGUGGUUCGCCCUAGGCUAGCCAGAAUGAAGUAUCGUGUAACCAAAUCUCCUCCUUACUUGAUGUUCCAUAUGGUUCGGUUCAAGAAGAACAACUUCUUCAAGGAGAAGAACCCUACAUUGGUUAACUUUCCAGUGAAGGACAUGGAGCUGAGAGAUUACAUACCAUCCUUGCCUACAGCACCAGAAGGCGAGAAGGUGUGUUCAAAGUAUAAUCUAAUCGCUAACAUUGUACAUGAUGGUAAGCCUGAGGACGGGUACUUCAGAGUCUUUGUGCAGCGGAAGUCGCAAGAACUAUGGUAUGAGAUGCAGGAUUUGCAUGUUGCAGAGACACUUCCCCAAAUGGUAGAGCUAUCGGAAGCAUACAUGCAGAUAUAUGAGCAGCAGGCGGAAUAG